GUAUGCAGUUGCAGAGAGACAGAACACAACACAGAGGCAAAGAGAGAGAAGGAGAAAGAGAAAGAGAAAGAGAAAGAGAGACGGGUCUAACUUCCAACAAGUGUUCGUAUUCUCCUUUUCAGUCCACUACGCUUCCUUCUUCCCUUUCCCUCUUCUCCGUUACCCCUUUCCCCUUUCACAUUCUAAUCACAUUUUCUCACCCCGCUUUACCAAAAAAAGAGAAAGAAAGAAGAAACAAGAUAAAGCUUUUCAUUGGAUCACGUCACCCACCUUUGCUUUUGCUCUCUUCUGCCUCUGAAUUGAGCAUUUCCGAGUUCUAUUGGCCUCUGAUCGAAUUGGGUAUUUGCAAGAUCUGCGGCUUCAAUUGUUGGGGGCAAAAAGUUUUGAUCUUGGUGGUGGACCAACCCAAUUACCGGUUUGGAUCCGAUCGGGGUAGAAACAGCGCCAUCAGAUGGCGCUGUUCAGAAGGUUCUUCUACCGGAAGCCGCCGGAUCGGCUUCUGGAGAUUUCCGAGAGAGUUUAUGUUUUUGAUUGUUGCUUCUCCCCGGAUGUCUUGGAAGAAGAAGAAUAUAGAGUUUAUAUGGGGGGGAUUGUGGCUCAGCUACAGGAUCACUUUCCAGAUGCUUCUUUCAUGGUAUUCAACUUCAGAGAAGGGGAGAGACGCAGCCAAAUCUCAGACAUAUUUUCUCAGUAUGACAUGACAGUUAUGGAGUACCCUCGGCAGUAUGAGGGUUGUCCUGUUCUGCCGUUAGAGAUGAUCCAUCACUUCCUUCGAUCAAGUGAAAGCUGGUUGUCUCUGGAGGGGCAACAAAAUGUGCUUUUGAUGCAUUGUGAAAGGGGAGGUUGGCCCGUGCUGGCAUUUAUGCUAGCAGGUCUUCUGUUAUACAGGAAACAGUACAGUGGGGAGCAAAAGACUCUUGAAAUGGUCUACAAGCAAGCUCCAAGGGAACUACUACACAUAUUGUCUCCUUUGAAUCCACAGCCUUCGCAUUUAAGAUAUCUUCAGUAUAUUUCCAGGAGAAGUUUGGGAGCUGAGUGGCCACCAUCGGAAACACCCUUAUACUUGGAUUGUCUGAUUCUUAGAGUCCUUCCAAUAUUUGACGAUGGAAAAGGUUGCAGGCCCGUUGUACGUGUUUAUGGUCAAGACCCUUCAAUUACUGCCACUAGAAGUUCAAAGCUUCUUUUUUCAACUUCACAAUCCAAAAAACAUGUUCGCCACUACCUACAGGCAGAGUGUAUGCUCGUGAAAAUUGACUUGCGUUGUCGUGUUCAAGGGGAUGUGGUUCUUGAGUGCAUACAUUUAAGUGAUGAUUUUGUUCACGAGGAAUUGAUGUUUAGAGUUAUGUUUCAUACUGCAUUUGUGCGGUCAAAUAUUUUGAUGCUGAGCCGUGAUGAAAUUGAUAUUUUGUGGGAGGCGAAGGACCUAUUUCCCAAGGACUUCAAAGCAGAGGUGCUUUUUUUGGACGCUGAUGCUGUUAUACCUGAUCUAACCACAGUCACGGUGAGUGAAGAUGCAAAUGAGAUUGAGAGUGCUGAGACAGAAAGUGCUUCACCUGAUGAGUUCUAUGAAGUAGAAGAAAUCUUCAGCAGUGUAAUUGAUGCACAAGAAGGUAAGACAGAGUAUGAUUCUCAGGCUUUCCAUGAAAAUGCUGUGAAUGAUGAAACUCAUAAGGGGGUCUGGAGGCAGAAGUCUGAUCCUCAUAGUUUUGAGGAUUGUCCGCCAGAUGACAAGAUCGCCAAGCAGGUUUACAAGAUGGAUCCUGGUAUUAAUACUGUGAAAGACAUCUCUAUUGAUGAUGCUCACUAUAAAUUUGAUGGGAGCAUAGAUUCAGAUCCUCAUGCAGUGAAGGACAUUGCUGUCGAUGAUGGAGAAAUUAAGUCAACUUCCAUUGCAGUUAUUUCUGAUAUGAUGAAACCUCCUCUGGAAACAAAGGAAGUUACCAUGCAUGUGCAGCAGGAAUUUGCAGUCAUUGAAAAUGAAUAUGAUGAAGAUAAGGAGGUAACAGAAAAGGAGCUAGACUCCAAGGCUGGGAACCAGAUGCCUGAUUUGACUGAACAAAAAUCUGGUAAAGUACUUCCAUCUACUGCCAAGAAACAACCUCCAUCCAACUCGAAGCCAGUUGGAGAUACAGUUGCAGCAAAGCAAAAGAUUAAACAGCAAGAAACCCAUGGUUUUCAGGCAAAACAAGCUAAGCCAAAUGCCGUAACUAGAUGGAUUCCUUCUAACAAGGGUUCUUAUACAAAUUCAAUGCACGUCUAUUAUCCGCCAUCAAGGAAUAAUAGUGCACCAGCUGCACUGACAAAUUUGUCUUCCACAAAAGAGAAAAUUGAAGAUUCCAAAACAAGAUCUUUAUCUGCUCCUGUUGUUUCUGCAGUUGUUGCUUCUAUUGACAAAACAAAUGACCUAAAAAGCCGGAAAGUGGUCACUUCAAAAUCUUCUGGCUAUAUAGCAACAGAAAUAGAUGAAAAAGGUCUACCGUCACCAUUGUCAUCAAUUAAAGAGACAUCUUUUCAGUCAGAUACUCCAGCGCAAGAGCAGAGCUCAGAACAACUGCUACAGCCUCCCCCACCACCUCCCCCUCCCCCUCCUGCUCACAGUAGAGUCUCUUCUCAAGUUUUUGAAUCCUCAUCAUUAAAGGAUGAUGUAUCAGCUCAAGGCUCUCCAUCUUCUUUGGGUGGAAAAGGGUCCCUCAUGCCACCACCACCACCUCCUCCACCGCCACCAUUUCAACCUUCAACUUUAACAACAUUUAUGAGACCACCUGAAACUUCUCUUCCUUUCCCUCCACCCCCACCACCACCCCCGCCCCCUUUUUUUGGGCAAAAUGUAGGGAGCUCAGUACCUUUUCCAUCCCCUAGGAAAUCUGUGGCUUCAUCAAUGGUUGGAGAGACUAGUGUAUCUUUAACAGUUUCUACAACCCCUCUUCCAUUUACAAGCACUGCCGUUACACCGGAUGUUUCUCAAGUGGGUACUGCAGUGAUCCCUUCACAGCCUCCUCCACCGCCACCACCUCCAAGGUAUGAAGUUUCAUCUGUUCCUCCUUUGACACCACUAGCAUCACCUCUUCCAAAAAAUGAAAUUCCAUCGGUUCCCCCUCCUCCCAUGUUUCCUACAGCUUCAACAAACAGGGCUCCACCCCCUCCUCCCCCAACACCCCCAUUUGCAUUACAUAAAGGUUCACCUCCACCAGCAACCCCACCUCCAACUCAACCCCUGUCUCCGCCUCCUCCUCCCCCUCCCCUAGCCAAUUCACAUAUAUAUUCAGCUACACCACCUAUAGCUAAUUCUCAUGUAUAUUCAACUACACUACCUAUACCUCCGCCACCACCUCCCCCUCCUUUUGGUAAAGCUUCAUUACCUCCCUCUCCACCUCCUUUCAAUAGUCCUCUUCCACCACCACCACCUCCACCCACACCUCCUUCCCCACCUCUUCCUCUAUCAAGUGUGGCCUCUCCUCCACCUCCUCCAAUGUAUAAAGCCGCACCUCCCCCACCACCACCUCUUCCUCCAUCAAGUAGAGCCUCACCUCCGCCACCGCCACCACCACCUCUUCCUCCAUCAAAUGGAGCCCCACCUCCACCUCCACCACCACCUCUUCCUCCAUCAAGUGGAGCCCCACCACCCCCUCCACCUCCAAUGUACGGAGUACCACCUCCAUCAAUGUAUGGAACACCACCUCCUCCUCUAGGUGGUCGAGGACCACCUCCUCCACCUCCUCCUCCAGGCGGUCGAGGACCUCCUCCUCCACCUCCCCCAGGUGUUCCUGGUGCUCCUACACCUCCUGGGGGUGGACCUCCGCCACCUCCGCCCUUUGGUGCAAAAGGUGCAAAUGUUGGAGUUGAUCCAAGAGGGAGAGGACGUGGGUAUGCGCGCCCUACAGGGGCUGCACCCCGUAAAUCCUCUUUAAAGCCUUUACAUUGGAGCAAGGUUACAAGGGCACUACAAGGAAGUUUAUGGGAAGAAUUACAAAGACAUGGAGAACCACAAAUUGCACCAGAGUUCGAUUUUUCAGAGCUAGAGAAGCUUUUCUCCUUAAAUGUUCCAAAACCUGCUGAUGCUGGUGGAAAAUCUGGAGGGAAGGGCAAGUCUGCUGGAUCUAAAACUGACAGAGUCACCUUGGUUGAUCUAAGGAGGGCUAAUAAUACUGAAAUUAUGCUCACUAAGGUUAAGAUGCCACUUCCCGAUAUGAUGGCUGCAGUACUGGCUUUGGACGAGUCAGUAUUAGAUGUUGAUCAAGUGGAAAAUCUUAUUAAGUUUUGUCCUACAAAAGAGGAGAUGGAUCUUAUAAAGGCAUACACCGGUGACAAGGAACUUUUGGGGAAGUGUGAACAGUUUUUUAUAGAGUUGAUGAAGGUGCCAAGGGUGGAGUCAAAAUUAAGAGUAUUUGCGUUCAAGAUUCAGUUUGGUGCCCAGCUUACGGAGUUUAAGAAGAGUUUAAACACUGUUAACUCUGCCUGUGAAGAGGUCCGACAUUCUGCUAAACUGAAGGAGAUAAUGAAGAAAAUACUUUAUUUGGGUAAUACAUUGAAUCAAGGAACAGCAAGGGGAUCUGCAGUUGGAUUCAAGUUAGAUAGCCUUUUAAAGCUCACUGACACUCGUGCUUCUAACAGUAGAAUGACACUGAUGCAUUAUCUCUGCAAGGUCAUAGCUGAAAAGUCACCCAAACUCCUUGAUUUCCACCUAGACCUUGUUAGCCUGGAAGAUUCCACUAAGAUACAAUUGAAGUCAUUAGCAGAAGAGAUGCAGGCAAUCAUCAAGGGACUAGAAAAAGUUAAACAAGAAUUUGCUGCAUCUGCGAAUGAUGGACCUGUUUCUGCAGUUUUCCAUGAGAAAUUGAAAGAAUUUAUUGGUGUAUCUGAGUCAGAGGUGGCAUCUCUAACAAACCUAUAUUCUGUAGUGGGUAGAAAUGCUGAUGCACUUGCCCUAUAUUUUGGUGAGGAUCCUGCUCGUUGCCCUUUUGAGCAAGUUACUACAACCCUGCUAAAUUUUAUAAGGUUGUUUCGGAAAGCACAUGAAGAAAAUUGCAAACAAGCAGAGUUAGAGAAGAAGAAAGCUGAGAAGGAGGCUGAAAUGGAAAAGGCUAAGGGCGUUAACUUGACAAAAAAGGGUGCAAAAGAUAGUUGACGACUGGAUUUUCUGCUCCUUUGCAUCAAACAUCACACUCUUGCCAAAGAGCAGGAAUGUACCCGAGCAAGGGGAAUGCUUCCGAGAUCAGUAAAGAAGCCUCUCCCUUUCAAUGAUGAUGAUGAAGAUGAUGUGGCAAUUAGCCUUUCAAGCUGAUACAUUGGCUUGGAAUAAUGAAAGCCUGCAUCCUGUGGAAUUGAAAAUACAACAGGCUUAGGAGAGUUGAUUCUUUGAUGGCAUGCUGUUGAAAUGGGAUUUAUGUGGCCAACUGAUAAUUUUUGUGAGAAUACCCUGCAAAUUCCCAGAUGUAGAUGCAGAGUGGAUGCUUACUGUGAUUAUAUGCGUCCAGUGUAUACUGUAAAUGUUGGUUCAAGAAGAAUUUUUGUAGCAGGGCAUGUCUUAUAUUAUGGCAGUAGAACAGCCAUUGGCAUGCAUCAUUCACUUCAUAUUUUUUGUGGCACCACAGCAGUUGCCUUUUGGAUUUGUGAAGCACCAUAGUCCAACCCCAACCGUAGUACCAUGACACCUUGUAUAAAGCUCUAUCCCUCUCCUUUAGGAUUCAAUUCUUUCUCGUGUAACAUAGAAAUUAGCUCCCUUUUUCAUAGAGAUUUUGAUAGGUACCCUCGACAAAAUGUUGUAUAGCUGUCAGGUUAAGAGAGAAGGUAGAAAUCAGGUCCCUGUAUUGUAACCAAUAUUAUUAUUCUUAAUUGUGAAUCACGAGGCUAAUUUUUUAAUUGUUAAUCAUGAAUCAUAUGGAAUGAGAAGAUUUUGACCGAAUGAAAAUA